UCAUGAUUAUAACAUCAAGUACAGCAACAUAAAAGUUGACAUCAGUUCGAUAUAAUUUAAUAUCAUAUUAUCUAGUUCAUAUGAGGAGGCUUAUCAGAGUUCUAUAUACGUGCAAAAACUUCUACCGUCGUAUAGUCUUCUGUUUGAAGCAUUCUUCGCCAUGCCACACCUGACGGAGACGACGAAGAUGGAGUUGUUCCUGUUGCCGAUCCCUGCAGCAGGCCACCUGACAUCAACGAUGGAGAUGGCGUCGCGCCUCCUCGCCCGUGUCGGCGGCGGGGGCCUCUCCGUCACCGUCCUCGUGAUGACGACUCCUGCCCCGUGCCUCCGCUUCGAGACCGAGUCCUGCAUCCGGUCACUCUCCUCCAUCGGCGCUGGCGUCCGGUUCGAGGAGCUCCCGGUGCUGCCACCCGCGCAGUUCUUCGAGGAGUGCGACCAGGUCGGCGCGUCCUGUUCCCGCUACGUCGAGCUGCACAAGCCGCGCCUCAAGACCGCCAUCUUGAGGCUGCGCUCCUCCCCUGCCGCCGCGCUUGUCAUCGACUUCUUCGCCACGACGAUGAUCGACGCGGCCGACGAGCUCGGUAUCCCCGCCUACCACUACUUCACCAGCAGCGCCGCCACGCUCGCUCUCCUGCUCCACGCCCCGACGCUCCAUGAUAAGAAGAAACACUCCCGGUCGUCCUGGACGGAGACGAGGCGGCCUUCAUCGAGCUCCCCGGCAUGUCCCCGACUCCGGCCCGCUGCAUGCCGUCGUUCGUGAUGAGAAGUAGGAGAGAGACCUAUGAGUGGUUCCAGUUCCUCUACCACGGCAGGCGGUUUCCAGAAACCAAGUGUAUGAUCUUGAAUACCUUCUUCGAGCUCGAGCCAUCGACACUGGAAGCUCUAGUAGAUGGAGUCUACGUACCAGAUCAUCCGACUCCUCCGAUCUUCACGGUCGGACCAGUGCUUGGACGUCAAGCUUCACGACAAGAUAGCAAGGAACCUCAUGAUUGCAUCAAAUGGCUCGACGAGCAACCGCCGGCGUCGGUGGUCUUCCUGUGCUUCGGAAGCAUCAGCACAUUCUCGCGCGAGCAACUGAAGGAGAUGGCCACGGGUUUGGAAAGCACCGGGCACCGGUUCCUCUGGUCGCUGAGGGGCACCGGCGACGAUCUAAGCCUGCAAGAGGUGCUGCCGGAAGGGUUCAUGGAGAGGACGGAGGGGCGGGGGUUGGUGUGGCGGUCGUGGGCGCCGCAGGUGGAGAUACUGUCGCACGCGGCGGUGGGCGGCUUCGUGACGCACUGCGGGUGGAACUCGUGCCUCGAGAGCCUGUGGCACGGUGUGCCCAUGCUCGAGUGGCCGAUCCACGCGGAGCAGCACUACCUGGCGUUCCGGCUUGCGAGGGAGGCCGGCGUGGCCCUCGAGCUCACGGUGGACCGGACGAGCAGCGGCAACCUCGUCGCUGGAGCGGAGCUGGAGAGGGGUGUACGGUUCCUGAUGGAGGAGGACACGGAGGAGGGGAAGCAGGUGAGGAGGAGGGUGCAGGAGAUGAAGGCUUCAUGCAGAAGGGCCGUGGAGGAAGGAGGCUCUUCCUACACUUCACUGGAGAGCUUGGUGAACGACUUGGUAAACCACUGAAUGCUGUCAUGCAUGCUUUUCUACAUUCUUGAUUUGAUUUAGUUGUGACAAUGAUGCAACCAGAUGGACAAAAAGCAAGAAAAAGGGGGUAAAAUAGCUUGACAAAAGCUUUCUUGAAGGUUUGCGGCACAUGAGAUGGCCGCAGAAUGCAAAAGUCAACGCUACCAAUAGGCAUGAAACUAUGUGACAACAAGCUCCAUAUUGUUUGUAGGAAUUCCA